AUGGCCUAUCUACAUGCGUCUCGAGGGCUUCCGUUCAAGGAGAAGAACAAGAUCGAAAACGUACUUUUGGCUGGAAUCACGUUCACAAGAAAAACUCCCACGGAAAAGCUUCUACCGAAAUGUUUGGGCGGUCAGUUAGUUACUAAGUCCAGUCGACUCAAUCCUAUUAGAGGGUUGAACCUGGUGUGUUUCAGUCUUCGUGAAGAACUCGAAAUGCUGAGCGAGAACGGUAUUCCCGUAUCACACAACGGUACUACUUGGUUCUGCACCCCGAUACUGGCUAAUGGUGUCAUCGAUUUCGCCGCCUUGAAGACUUUGUACGACUUACCCCGCUGGCAGUCUUUGUAUGGAUGCCAUCUCUGUACUUUCCCGGGCGAAAGAGUUGGCCACCGAGUGAUUUGGUUUCCCAGAUUCCCUUUUGCUGGAGACCGUCGCACAUACGCUUCGCUAACUCAAGAUGCGAUAUCGCGCUCUCAAGGCGUAAGAGGUCGGACGCAGAUGAUGGACAUCUUAAUGGUGCAUGAAUGCAUACCGGAUGCGCUGCAUGUGAUAUCAGAGGGCAUAACUUGCGACAUAUUCAAAGCCAUGUUUUCUCCGCAAAGCCGCGUGCCCGCGAUGAAAGUACGUUCGGACUGCGUGCAGGAGUUCCACCGCAUCAUAGCCGCCACUCGCAAUUACACAUACGCUGAUAAGUUCGUUCUUGGACUUGAAGAUCUUUCGGGUGCCACCGGAUCUGAGAAGGACGCUCUUUCUUUCGUGGUAUUCCCUCUUGCGGCCGCGAUGAAUAUCUGCGCUGAUCCUGUGGGUGCUGUCGCCGUGCUUGCAUACUGGAUACUCGUGCGAGUCAUUGAAAGGAGCACAGAGCUGACAGUAAACGACUUCCCUGGAGUCCAAGAACUAGCUAGGGGGAUGAAGUAUCUGUGGUACGCGGUGGAGCCGACUUUGUUCACCCUUAAAGUCCAUACCUAUUUGACGUCGGGAACACCAUAUCAUUGGAGUGCGAGUUCCUUCGAAAGCACGCAUCGGCGCCUCCAGCUUCGUAUUUCCCAGUGCACCACCAACGUCGAAGAUGCUGUCGUUGAGAAUUUCGUUAUGCGCAAAUACCUGCUCGACAAACUGGAAAAGGAAACACAGCGAUACAGCAAUAAGUUCAUGGAC